UAUAUCGAAACCGAUGAAACACAUUACCUUAUAUGUUCAGAAUCACUGUACUAAUAAAGUGCACCACUUCGCUGGAACCGCGUCUGUUCAUUCGCAGAGUUAAAUUCGUUUCAAAACCUUUAACAUCCAUUACAAACAUCGACAUGGAGCGUUGGACCGGUAAAGUGGCUGUGGUAACGGGUGCCAGUUCCGGAAUCGGUGCUGCGGCUACUAAAAAGCUGGUCCAAGCUGGCAUGGUAGUGGUAGGCCUAGCUCGACGGGUGGAACGCACUGAAGCGUUGAAAGACGAUUUAGAUGAGUCUCUCAGAAAUCGUUUGCAUGCAGUCAAAUGUGAUGUAUCCAAAGAGGAUGACAUCAUAAAAGCAUUUCAAUGGAUCGAAGAAACGCUCGGUGGAGUCGAUGUUCUGGUGAACAAUGCUGGAAUUUACAGGAACACCAAACUAGUGAAGGCCGAUAAUAGCGCUGCGGUUCGGGAAGUAAUAGACACCAAUGUGCUGGGUGUGAUUUUUUGUACCAGAGAAGCCUUCCAGUCUAUGAAGAAACGCUCGGUGGAUGGUCAUAUAGUGCAUAUCAACAGCUUAGCAGGUCACAAAAGCAGCAUGCCUCACAUGAAUGUCUACUGUGCUUCCAAAUUUGCUGUUACCGCACUCACCGAGACUUUGAGACAGGAGUUCAGAACAGAAGGCACAAGGAUUAAAGUCACGAGCAUUAGUCCUGGAAUGGUUAAAACGGAAAUUAUUCCCGCAUCGCUCAUUGCUGCAGCCAUUCUACAACCAGAGGACAUAGCCGAUGCCAUUUUAUAUGUCUUGGGUACACCACCGCACGUCCAAGUGCAUGAGCUUAUGAUAAAACCCGUUGGAGAAACAUUCUGAAAGUUAAUAAGUCAAGUGGGACUUAUACAUAUAUGAAUGGGAGAAGCGUGGUUAGCUCCAUGUACAUUAUAUUGUACUAAUUCCUUACACAUGCAGAGUUUCAGCCAAUUCUAAAAAAUAAAACUGCAAUCUUUGAAAUUAAAA